CGCGGAAUCCCGCGGCGGCAGAGGCUCUAGGAGCGUGGCUGGUCGACCUCGCGGAGCUGUCUGCGCCGGUUGUUCCCAGUCCCCUCAGCGGUCUCUCUGCGCCACCCUACCUCUCCCCUUGGCGCCAUGACCACUACCACUACCUUCAAGGGUGUGGACCCCAACAGCAGGAACAGCUCCCGGGUUUUGCGGCCUCCAGGUGGUGGGUCCAAUUUUUCGUUAGGCUUUGAUGAGCCAACAGAACAGCCUGUGAGGAAGAACAAGAUGGCCUCUAGCAUCUUUGGGACACCUGAAGAAAAUCCCCCAUCCUGGGCCAAGUCAGCAGGUGCCAAGUCUAGUGGUGGCAGGGAAGACUCGGAGUCUCCUGGAACACAGAGAAGUAAUUCCUCUGAAGCAAGCUCUGGAGACUACUUAGACCUCAAGGGAGAAGGUGAUAUACAUGAAAAUGUGGACACAGACUUCCAAGCCAACCUGGGGCAGAUGGAAGAGAAGCCUGUGCCUGCUGCGCCUGUGCCCAGCCCAGUGGCGCCAGCCCCGGCGCCAUCCAGGAGAAAUCCUCCUGGUGGCAAGUCCAGCCUGGUCUUGGGUUAGCUCCUUCUGCUGGAACUCUGUCCUUCUGUUUGUUUUUCCAUGCUUGUGAACUGCACAACGUGAGCCUGACUGUACAUGUUUUGGAUUUGUUUCAUUAAAAGAGAAGCACUUUA